ACAAAAUCUUGAUUAUAGUAAUGAACAAUUCAGAAUCGAUUCUAUGCGAUGGGUUAAUUUCUUCAGAAACUUCAAGAGGCCCCUAGACUCCUACUUUCCCUUUUGAAAGGAGUUAAGACCGAAGAGCAAUCGUUAAAAUGGCCAUGAGAUCCACGCUGAACCGAAUCCGAUUCUCAUUGACUGUGACUCGUUCCAUGGAGUCCUCUCGAGGUGCUACUCGCUACUUCGGUGAAGGCAAGGGCCGGAUUCUGAGCGAGGAGGAGCGCGCUGCCGAAAACGUUUACAUCCAGAAAAUGGAGAGGGAAAAGUUGGAGAAGCUGAAGCGAAAGGCGGAGAAAGAAAUGGCCGAGAAAGCAAAAGAGAAUACCGAAAAGAAAUCUGAGGGGACCCAUAAGGAUUGAAAUUUUCAACUGCACGAGCUGAAAACUUCUUGGUUUGGAUACAACGAUGAAGAAUAAAAUGUACCAACUUUUAACUCUUAGCCAAAUCUGGUCUACCGUCUCUGUACAAAGUACGGUUGUGGAUAUCUUGUCUGUUAAAUCCUAAUUAACAUAACGAAAACUACUGUUUGUGUGCAGUUCUUUUUGUGCCCCUGGAAGUGAUUUUGAUCUGCAGUUCCUUCUGUUUUUGCA